CCGGCAGUGAGACACGAGGCGUGUAACGGCCUCUACAAGCUCUCUUUGUCGGGUCUGGAGGGAGGAGAGUCCAUCAACAGAUCCUUCCUGCUGCUCGCCGCCUCCACGCUGCUCAAGUUCCUGCCUGACGCACAGGCCCUCAAACCACUGAGGGUGGAGGACUAUGAGGAGGAGCCUCUGUUGAGGACGGGCUGUAAAGAAUAUUUCUGGCUGCUCUGUAAACUCAUCGACAACAUCCACGUCAAAGACGCCAGCCAGAAGGUCUCUCCCUCUCUGUCGCUGGCCGGCGCGAUGCAGACAACGCUGCUGGACCUGGACGCUCUCGCUCGACAUCUCGCCGACUGCAUCAGGAGUCGUGAGAUCCUGGACCAGCAGGACGGCAUGAUCGAGGACGACGGGCUCACCGGCCUCCUGCGUCUCGCCACCAGCGUCCUCAAGCACAAGCCGCCCUUCAAGUUCUCCCGCGAGGGGCAGGAGUUCCUGCGGGACGUCCACAACCUCCUCUUCCUCCUGCCCAGCCUGGCCGACCGCGCUCAGCCCAAGUGCAAAUCCCACGCCGCCCGGGCCGCCGCCUACGACCUGCUGGUGGAGACGGUGAAGGGCUCGGUGGAGAACUACCGGCUCCUCCACAACUGGGUCAUGUCCCAGCACAUGCAGGCCUCUCACGCCCCGUACAAGUGGGACUACUGGCCCCACGACGACGUCCGGGCUGAGUGUCGCUUCGUGGGUCUGACCAACCUGGGAGCAACCUGCUACCUGGCCUCCACCAUCCAGCAGCUCUACAUGAUCCCUGAGGCCCGUCAGGCCGUCUUCACCGCCAAGUAUGCUGAGGAUAUCAAACACAAGACCACGCUGCUGGAGCUGCAGAAGAUGUUCACGUAUCUCAUGGAGAGUGAGAGGAAAGCGUACAACCCCCGACCCUUCUGUAAAACCUACACCAUGGACAAACAGCCGCUCAACACCGGGGAGCAGAAGGACAUGACGGAGUUCUUCACCGACCUCAUCACCAAGAUAGAGGAGAUGUCGCAGGAGCUGAAAAACACAGUGAAGACUCUGUUCGGAGGCGUCAUCACCAACAACGUGGUUUCUCUGGACUGUGACCACGUCAGUCAGACGGCCGAGGAGUUUUACACGGUCCGAUGUCAAGUAGCAGACAUGAAGAACAUUUACGAAUCUCUGGAUGAGGUGACCAUCAAGGACACUCUGGAGGGCGACAACAUGUACACCUGCUCCCAGUGUGGCAAGAAGGUCCGCGCAGAGAAGAGAGCCUGUUUCAAGAAGCUGCCUCGCAUCCUGAGCUUCAACACCAUGCGCUACACCUUCAACAUGGUGACCAUGAUGAAGGAGAAGGUCAACACCCACUUUUCAUUCCCCCUGCGGCUCGACAUGACGCCUUACACCGAGGACUUCCUCAUGGGGAAAGGGGAGCGGAAAGAGGGUUUUCGGGAAGACGGCGAGGCAAAGGUCACGGAGAGCUAUGAGUACGACCUCAUCGGUGUCACGGUGCACACGGGCACGGCUGACGGCGGCCACUACUACAGCUUCAUCAGAGACAUCGUCAACCCGCACGCCUACAAGAACAACAAGUGGUACCUGUUCAACGACGCAGAGGUGAAGCCCUUCGACUCAGCACAGCUGGCGUCCGAGUGCUUCGGAGGGGAGAUGACGACCAAAACCUACGACUCAGUCACUGACAAGUUCAUGGAUUUCUCUUUUGAGAAGACGCACAGCGCCUACAUGCUCUUCUACAAGAGAGUGGAUCUGGAGGAGGAGAACGGGAAGGACUUUAACUUUGACGUCUCCCCUGAUCUGCUCGAGUGGAUCUGGCACGACAACAUGCAGUUUCUCCAGGACAAGAACAUAUUUGAACACACCUACUUCGGUUUCAUGUGGCAGCUCUGCAGCAGCAUCCCCAGCACUCUACCAGACCCUAAAGCUGUGUCCCUCAUGACGGCCAAGCUCAGCACAUCAUUUGUUCUUGAGACUUUCAUUCACUCUAAGGAGAAGCCCACCAUGCUGCAGUGGAUCGAACUCCUGACCAAACAGUUCAACAACAGCCAGGCUGCCUGCGAGUGGUUUUUGGAUCGAAUGGCCGAUGACAACUGGUGGCCGAUGCAGAUCCUGAUUAAAUGCCCCAAUCAGAUAGUCAGACAGAUGUUCCAGAGGUUGUGUAUUCACGUCAUCCAGAGGCUGCGGCCGGUUCACGCCCACCUCUACCUGCAGCCCGGCAUGGAGGACGGCUCUGACGACAUGGACGGUCCGGUGGAGGACAUCGGCAGCCGCUCCUGCGUCACCCGCUUCGUUAAAACCCUCUUGUCCAUCAUGGAGCACGGAGUCAAGCCCCACAGCAAACACCUGACCGAGUACUUUGCUUUUCUCUACGAGUUCGCCAAGAUGGGAGAGGAGGAGAGUCAGUUCUUGUUGUCACUACAAGCUAUUUCCAUCAUGGUGCAUUUCUACAUGGGAACCAAAGGCCCCGAGAACCCUCAGGUGGAGGUGUUGUCAGAGGAGGAGGGGGAGGAGGAGGACGAGGAGGAGGACAUCCUGUCUCUGGCGGAGGAGAAGUAUCGUCCUGCAGCUCUGGAGAAGAUGAUCGCCCUCAUCGCUCUGUUGGUGGAGCAGUCUCGGUCUGAGAGACAUCUGACUCUGUCUCAGAGCGACAUGGCAGCGCUGACCGGAGGGAAAGGCUUCCCCUUCCUCUUCCAGCACAUCAGAGACGGAAUCAACAUUAGACAAACCUGCAACCUCAUCUUCAGCCUCUGUCGCUAUAACAACCGCCUGGCCGAGCAUAUCGUGUCGAUGCUCUUCACCUCCAUCGCUAAGUUGACUCCAGAGGCUGCUAAUCCUUUCUUCAAGCUGCUGACGAUGUUGAUGGAGUUUGCUGGCGGACCACCGGGGAUGCCCUCCUUCGCCUCCUUCAUCCUGCAGAGGAUCUGGGAGGUGAUCGAGUACAACCCGUCCCAGUGUCUGGACUGGCUGGCUGUGCAGACUCCCAGGAACAAGCUGGCCCACAGCUGGGUUCUGCAGAACAUGGAGAACUGGGUGGAACGUUUUCUGCUGGCGCACAACUACCCCCGAGUCCGAACAUCGGCCGCGUACCUCCUCGUCUCCCUGAUCCCCAGCAACUCCUUCCGCCAGAUGUUCCGCUCCACGCGCUCGCUUCACCUGCCGACUCGAGAGCUGCCGCUGUCGCCCGACACCACCGUGGUCCUCCACCAGGUCUACAACCUGCUGCUGGGGCUGCUGGGACGCGCCAAGCUGUAUGUGGACGCCAGCGUCCACGGCACCACCAAGCUGGUGCAGUACUUCAGCUUCAUGACCUACUGCCUCAUCUCCAAGACGGAGAAGCUCAUGUUCUCCGGAUACUUCAUGGACCUGUGGAACCUCUUCCAGCCCAAACUGUCGGAGCCGGCCAUCGCCACCAACCACAACAAGCAGGCGCUGCUGUCCUUCUGGUACAACGUGUGCGUGGACUGUCCGGAGAACGUCCGGCUGGUGGUGCAGAACCCUGUGGUGACGAAGAACAUCGCCUUCAACUACAUCCUGGCCGACCACGACGACCAGGAGGUGGUGCUCUUCAACCGCGGCAUGCUGCCCGCCUACUACGGCAUCCUGCGCAUGUGCUGCGAGCAGUCGCCCGCCUUCAGCCGCCAGCUCGCCUCCCACCAGAACAUCCAGUGGGCGUUCAAGAACCUGACGCCACACGCCAGCCAGUACCCCGGGGCGGUGGAGGAGCUGUUCAACCUGAUGCAGCUGUUUGUGGCUCAGCGAGCCGACAUGAGAGAAGAAGAACUUGAGGACGUCAAACAGUUUAAGAAAACCACGAUCAGCUGUUACCUGCGCUGCCUGGACGGACGCUCCUGCUGGACGACGCUCAUCAGUGCCUUCAGGGUUCUGCUGGAGAACGACGAGGACCGCCUGCUGGUGGUUUUCAACAGAGGACUCAUCCUCAUGACUGAGUCGUUCAACACGCUGCACAUGAUGUACCACGAGGCCACGGCGUGCCACGUCACCGGAGACCUGGUGGAGCUGCUCUCCAUCUUCCUGUCGGUCCUCAAAGCCACGCGGCCGUACCUGCAGCGCAAAGAUGUGAAGCAGGCUCUGAUCCAGUGGCAGGAGAGAAUCGACUUCGCCCACAAGCUGCUCACCCUCCUCAACUCGUACAGUCCACCCGAGCUCCGCAACGCCUGCCUGGACGUCCUGAAGGAACUCGUUCUGCUGAGUCCUCACGACUUCCUGCACACGCUGGUUCCCUUCCUGCAGCACAACCACUGCACCUACCACCACAGCAACAUCCCCAUGUCGUUCGGCCCGUACCUGCCCUGCAGAGAGAACAUCAAGCUGAUGGGAGCCAAAAACAACAUCCGGCCUCCGAGACCUGAGCUCAACAUGUGUCUCCUGCCCUCGAUGGUGGAGAGCAGCAAGGUACAGACGUCCAACCUCUGUCCGUCAC